GUCUGGGGAGGGGGCUGCUGGGGGCUGGGGGCGGGGGGGUUUGGCCCCAUUGACCACUUGGGAAGCUGCCCCCUUUUCCAGCACCGGCCGGCCGAGGGAGGGCUCGCUGAGAUCGGUACGCCAAGGUGUCGGCCUCCUCGCCAGCCCUGGAGAAGAUGGGUCAUCAGGACGGGACCGUGUGGCACAGCCUGCGGGCUUUGGAGCCAGGUAAACCUGGGCUGGGAAUCGUAGCUCUGCCUUGGCCUCUGUGAUCUUGGACAGGCAGCCCCACCUCCCUGAGACACCAUUUCUCUACAACGGGAUCACACUGCCUGCCUCGUGGGAUUUCCGUGGGCACUCAGGGUAAUUAAUCUGGGGGAAGGCUGACUCUCUACCUGGCACACAGGGAGGCUGUGGUCAUGCUGACCCCACUCACCUUUGCCGGCCUGCCUUCCCCUUCCCUGCCCAGCCUCCUCCCCUCUCCCUCUGUGCUUUUCCAAACCUUCCAUGUCCAGCUCUGAGACCCCUGCGCCCUGAGCCUCAGCCCCAGCAGAUGACCCCUCGCUGUCCUGCUGUGUGCGUGAGCUCCCCUCCCCAGCCCCUGUCCAGCAGCACCCAGGAGCCUGAGUACAGCUGGGCACCACCCUCUGUGCAGCUGUGGUGGGUGGGGAGGCUCCUGUUCCCCUUCUCUCUUGGCAGUUCUGCCCUGCACGGCUCUGGCCUCCACAGUUCUGGUUGGUUUGUCAAGGACGUUUUUAAUCUCCACGGUAAACCCCGGCCGGGGGUGGGGGUGGCAGGCAGAGAAUGAUGAUUGGUAGAGCCUACACCUGUCCAGGUGCACUGGAGCUGGGAGCAAAAGAGGCUCUGUGAGAGGAGGGCCAGUUCAGCCGCAGCGGGAGGACUGACAGAGGCCUGAUGGAGGAGUUGGUGGGGCUGCGUGAGGGCUCCUCAGGGGACCCUGUGACUCUGCAGGAGCUGUGGGGCCCGUGUCCCCGCAUCCGCCGAGGCAUCCGAGGUGGCCUGGAGUGGCUGAAGCAGAAGCUGUUCCGCCUGGGCGAGGACUGGUACUUCUUGAUGACCCUCGGGGUGCUCAUGGCCCUGAUCAGCUAUGCCAUGAACUUUGCCAUCGGGCGUGUGGUCCGAGCGCACCAGUGGCUGUACGGGGAGAUUGGGGACAGCCACCUGCUCCGGUAUCUCUCCUGGACAGUGUACCCUGUGGCCCUCGUCUCUUUCUCCUCGGGCUUCUCCCAGAGCAUCACACCCUCCUCUGGAGGUUCUGGAAUCCCGGAGCUGAAGACCAUGUUGGCGGGUGUGAUCUUGGAGGACUACCUGGAUAUCAAGAACUUUGGGGCCAAGGUGGUGGGCCUCUCCUGCACCCUGGCCACCGGCAGCACCCUGUUCCUGGGCAAAGUGGGCCCUUUCGUGCACCUGUCUGUGAUGAUCGCUGCCUACCUGGGCCGUGUGCGCACCACGACCAUAGGGGAGCCUGAGAACAAGAGCAAGCAAAACGAAAUGCUGGUGGCAGCGGCGGCAGUGGGCGUGGCCACAGUCUUUGGCGCUCCCUUCAGCGGUGUCCUGUUCAGCAUCGAGGUCAUGUCUUCCCACUUCUCUGUCUGGGAUUACUGGAGGGGCUUCUUUGCGGCCACCUGCGGGGCCUUCAUGUUCCGGCUCCUGGCGGUCUUCAACAGUGAGCAGGAGACCAUCACCUCCCUCUACAAGACCAGUUUCCGGGUGGAUGUUCCCUUCGACCUGCCUGAGAUCUUCUUUUUUGUGGCGCUGGGUGGCAUCUGCGGCGUCCUGAGCUGCGCUUACCUCUUCUGUCAGCGAACCUUCCUCAGCUUCAUCAAGACCAAUCGGUUCAGCUCCAAACUGCUGGCCACCAGCAAGCCUGUGUACUCUGCUCUGGCCACCUUGCUUCUUGCCUCCAUCACCUACCCGCCUGGUGUGGGCCACUUCCUAGCUUCUCGGCUGUCCAUGAAGCAGCAUCUGGACUCGCUGUUCGACAACCACUCCUGGGCGCUGAUGACCCAGAACUCCAGCCCACCCUGGCCCGAGGAGCUCGACCCCCAGCACCUGUGGUGGGAAUGGUACCACCCGCGGUUCACCAUCUUUGGGACCCUUGCCUUCUUCCUGGUUAUGAAGUUCUGGAUGCUGAUUCUGGCCACCACCAUCCCCAUGCCUGCUGGCUACUUCAUGCCCAUCUUCAUCCUUGGAGCUGCCAUCGGGCGCCUCUUGGGAGAGGCUCUUGCUGUCGCCUUCCCUGAGGGCAUCGUGGCUGGAGGGGUUACCAAUCCCAUCAUGCCCGGGGGGUAUGCUCUGGCAGGGGCUGCAGCCUUCUCAGGGGCUGUGACCCACACCAUCUCCACGGCACUGCUGGCCUUCGAGAUGACCGGCCAGAUAGUGCAUGCACUGCCCGUGCUGAUGGCAGUGCUGGCAGCCAACGCCAUUGCACAGAGCUGCCAGCCCUCCAUCUACGAUGGCACCAUCAUUGUCAAGAAGCUGCCAUACCUGCCACGGAUUCUGGGCCGCAACAUCGGCUCCCACCAUGUGAGGGUGGAGCACUUCAUGAACCGCAGCAUCACCACACUGGCCAAGGACACGCCGCUGGAGGAGGUGGUCAAGGUUGUGACCUCCACAGACGUGGCCGAGUAUCCCCUGGUGGAGAGCACAGAGUCCCAGAUCCUGGUGGGCAUCAUGCAGAGGGCCCAGCUGAUACAGGCCAUCCAGGCUGAGCCUCCUUCCGGGGCUCCUGGACACCAGCAGUGUCUCCAGGACAUCUUGGCUGCGGGCUGCCCCACAAAACCAGUGACCCUGACACUAUUCUCAGAGACCACCUUGCACCAGGCACACAACCUCUUUAAGCUGUUGAACCUUCAGUCCCUCUUCGUGACGUCGCGGGGCAGAGCUGUGGGCUGCGUGUCCUGGGUGGAGAUGAAGAAAGCAAUUUCCAACCUGACAAAUCCGCCAGCCCCAAAGUGAGCCGGCCCAGCAAGACGAAACAGGGCACCCCAGCUGCCCUGGUACUGAGGUUGGGCUGAGACCCUGCCUCUCUUCCCCCAUCACCACCUGCCCCUCCCUCCAGCCCAGCUCCAUUCUUUGGCAUAACAGGCAACUCUAACCUAGCCCGGAAGAAGAUGGCUCAUCCUGGGUGGGACGAUGGCUCCUGCCUUGAAAGACAAAAAUCCCACCUUGGACAGAGCUGAGUGUGAGAUGACAGAAAACCAGCAUCUGCCAGGUGCUCAGUGACUGGCCAUCACGUUAAUGAAUGACGAGAUUGGAGUACGCUGUCACCAAGGGCAGGCACAGACGCCCUCUGGGGUUGUCUGAUUCCCAGUGAGAGGCUCCUGAGAACAAUAAAGCUGGUUCCCA